CUUGGUUCACACCCUGCUCACCCUUAGUCACCCUCUAUAGGCAGAGCCUAGAGAAGGCAGAAAGGAGCUCCUGGGUCUGGGAGUCCCGGUUCUGGGUGGAGCCAAGUGCCCAGGAGCUGGGGUGGAACCCUGGGUCCUCCAAGGGGAGUGGGCCCUUGUCACCCUUGUUGAGCCAAGCCUGAAAACACGGGCAGAGAGCUUCUUGCCACACCUGGGCACUCACACACAUAGCCCUGCCGCCCCCACUUGCUCACACCCUGCGCAUUCCUUCCUGCCUGGCCUUCCCACCCGCAGUCCAGUCCCAGCUCCAGCCCCGCCCCCAGGCUCUCCCCUUGGCACCACAAUGCAAACAUCUUUCACCCCUGCACCCAGCUCUACUCACCCACCAGCCUGCAUCCUUCUGGCCUCUGCUUCCCUCUGAACCGGUGCUAGAGGGUUACGCUGCGACAGACCUACCAGCCACCGCCCACCCCUUCCUUCGACGCCCCUGCUCACACCUAGCCAAACUCCCAGCACUUGGUAAUAUGUCCACACUUGGGGCUCCAGGUUGGGACUUAAGAGGCCUCAGGGGGAGGAGAGCAGGAAGGAUGCGCUCCUGGCCCUCAGCCCAAGUUCUGGCUGACAGUCUCCUGCUGCCCCGGCUCUUCAGCCCCUCCCUUGGGCUGCCUCAACCGGCUUUUCAGGAGACACUGCGUCCUGUCCCAGCUCAUGGCAAUCAGCACCCUGCCCUUGCCCAAGGGCUGGGAGACAGGCCAGGAAUGUGAUCCUGGCUCCCAAACCUGCAGCCUUCUCCCAGGGACCUCCUGCUGCCCUGGGGAUCCAGGCAACCAUCCCCCCAGCACCCUCUGAGACUCAGGCUCAGGCCUGGACUCUCUUCCUCUGGCUUCUCACCUAUCCAUUUGUUCAACCUAUGAAUAUUUACUGAACCCCAGGCGGUGUUCUAGAAGCUUGGGGAUAUAGCAGUGACCAAUAUAGACAAGGUCCUCUGGAAGCUUAUGAUCUGAUAGGUGAGACAGACAAUAAAGGAGGUAAUUUCAGACCGUGGGAAGAGCUAUAAAAACUAAAGGAUGAUAGUACGGAGUAUAACCAGGAGCUGGCUAGGGAGGGUUUUUUGGGCAAGGGGACACUUGAGCCAAGAAGAGAAUGAGGAAGAACCCACCUAGUGAAAACAUGCGUUCUACAUUCCAGGCCUCAAAAAUAACCUGUGCAACAGCCGUGAGGCAGGAAUGGAGCAGGCAGAAGACCUGCGCGGCUGGAGCACAGUAAGCAGUGGGGCUGGGGGUCAGCAUAAUCAGAGAGAACAAGGUCAACUCCCCAAGUGCGUCUCCCAUCUUCCCAGACUCCACCCCUGGGGCAGCUGGAUCCUGAGGUCCCCCGAGAGGAACAAAGUUACUGAAGAGCCAGGCCUGGCUCCCAGGGAUGGAGGGUGGGGAGAGAGGAGGCCUGGAGAGUUGGGUGAGGAAUGAAAAGAGGAGGUGGUUGGAAGGGCAGACAUCUGGGCUCAGGUGGAGGGCCCAAGGUGGGCAAGGAGCACAGAUGCCAUGUGAGUCUUCUCCAUUCAUGACUCACCCUCUGUCCUCCUCCUCUUUAUUGCUCAACCCCAAAUCUCCCUGGGAAGUACCUCCCUGACUGGGGACCAAGUCAGUGCCUCACAGGGUAAUUGAGUCAUUAGGGGUGGAGAAGAAGAAGGAGACGGAGGAUAAAUAGCAGCUUUGCCUCCCUGGCUCCUCUCUGCAUCCUCCCCACUUUCCCAACGACAUGCGUCUUGCCAGUUUGGUCAGCUCCUGCUCCCUCCUGCUGCUACUGGGGACUCUCCCUGGAUGGGCAGCCAAUGAUGACCCCAUCGAAAAGGUCAUUGAAGGGAUCAACCGAGGGCUGAGCAAUGCAGAGAGAGAGAUGGGCAAGGCCUUGGAAGGCAUCAAUAAUGGAAUCACUCAAGCUGGAAGGGAAGUAGAGAAAGUUUUUCAUGGACUCAACAACAUGGGGAACCAGGCCGGCAAGGAGCUGGACAAGGGCAUCCAGGGGCUCAACCAUGGCAUGGACAAGGUAGCCCACGACAUCAACCAUGGCAUCGGACAAGCAGGAAAGGAAGCAGAGAAGUUUGUCCAUGGGGCCAACUACGCUGCCGGACAGGUUGGGAAGGAGGCAGACAAAGUGAUUCAGGGGGCCCACCAUGGGGUCAACCAGGCGGGAAGCGAGGCAGGGAGGUUUGGUCAGGGGGUCCACCAUGGGGUCAAUGAGGCUGGGAAGGAGGCAGAGAAGUUUGGUCAAGGGGUCCACCAUGGGAUCAACCAGGCAGGAAGAGAGGCAGAGAAGUUUGGUCAGGGGGUCCACCACGGGGUCAAUGAGGCCGGAAAAGAGGCAGAGAAGUUUGGUCAGGGUGUCCACCAUGCCGCUGGGCAGGCCGGGAAGGAGGUAGAGAAGUUUGGUCAAGGGGUCCACCAUGGGAUCAACCAGGCAGGAAGAGAGGCAGAGAAGUUUGGUCAGGGUGUCCACCAUGCCGCUGGGCAGGCCGGGAAGGAGGCGGAGAAGUUUGGUCAGGGGGUCCACCAUGCCGCUGGGCAGGCCGGGAAGGAGGCGGAGAAGUUUGGUCAGGGGGUCCACCAUGCCGCUGGGCAGGCCGGGAAGGAGGCGGAGAAGUUUGGUCAGGGGGUCCACCAUGCCGCUGGGCAGGCCGGGAAGGAGGCGGAGAAGUUUGGUCAGGGGGUCCACCAUGCCGCUGGGCAGGCCGGGAAGGAGGCGGAGAAGUUUGGUCAGGGGGUCCACCAUGCCGCUGGGCAGGCCGGGAAGGAGGGAGACAAAAUAGUUCAAGGGGCCCAUCAUGGAAUUAAUCAGGCUGGGAAGGAGGUGGAGGGGUUUGGCCAGGAUGUUCAUUAUGCCGCAGGGCGGACUGGAACAGAGGGAGAAAAAAUAGUCCCAGGGGUCCAUCCUGGGGUCAACCAGGCUGGGAAGGAGGUGGAGCGGUUUGGCCAGGGGGUUCACCAUGCCGUUGAACAGGCUGGAAAGGAGGCAGGCAAAGUGGUCCAGGGGAUCCAUGAUGGGGUCAACCAGGCCGGAAAGGAGGCAGAGAAAUUUGGCCAUGGGGUCAACCAUGCUGCUGGCCAGGCUGGAAAGGAAGCGGAGAAACUUGGCCAAGGUGUCCACCAAGCUGCCGGCCAGGCCGGGAAGGAGGAGGACAGGUUGCAGCAGAAUGUUCAUAAUGGGGUCAACCAAGCCGGCAAGGAGGCCAACCAGCUGCUGAAUGGCGGUCAUCAAGGCGGAUCCACCGGCCAGCACGGAGGGGCCACAACCACAAACUUAACAUCUGGAGCUUCGGUCAACAAGCCCUUCAUCGACCUUCCAGCUCUGUGGAAGAGCGUCGCCAACAUCAUUCCCUAAACUGAUGAACUGGUCUUGGUGAACAGACUGACAUGCCUGUUGUCAUACUGGCUGAAAUGACCUGAAGGAGCUGAGGGUGGGGAAUAGAUUUUUGGAGUCAUUUAAGCGAGAUGUCCUGAGAUUUGUGAAUAAAUACAACACAUAUUGUACUA